AUGCCCGAUUACACUGGCUGUGUCAAGCCAAGCUGGGUCCCCACUGAUGGUGGCGACGCGCCCUUAUCGGCGUGGCCACCCAUUUUGCGCGAGGUCGAGACAAAUUUAUCACGCAAGAUCGUGCUGAUGGAGCGUCUGCAUCUUGGUAGCAACCCCGUGAUCCGCAUCCAAUACGAGGACGGAGAAGAGAACGUAGCGCGUAAUUUUGUUCGGAAUCAUUUGAACAGAGAAGAAGAUAUUCAGACCAUCUUCCGCCGAUUUAGGCGCGAGAUACACCUCAUGGAGUGGCUCAAGGCGAACGACAGCGCGAUUCCAGGACCGACCAUCAUCUAUCCACGCAACAUCUCCCCCGAAAUAGGUGUCACGUUCGUCAUCCUGGACAAAUUGCCCGGUGAACUCGUGGUAAACGUGUUCGGCCGUCUGCCGUACCUCGCCAAGGCACGGCUUGUCCUUGAACACGCCGACAAGAUGCUCGCCCUAUUCAGGCUGAGCGUUCCCCAGCGCAUCGGGUCGCCCAUCUGUGGCAGCGGUGGCACCGUCAUGGACGUGGGGCCAUGGUGCCCGGCUGAUCACAAGUAUGCGCCCACCAAGGUGUUCAACACGCUCGAAGAGUGGAUCAGCGACAUGAUCCAGACCAAGGCGCGCAUACUGGAGCAUGCCGAAGACACGACCCCCUCCGACCGCAGCGACAACGACCGCGUACUUGCACGCCUCACAACGGCGCUCUCCGCGCUCUGCACCCGCUUCUCGCUACCGUCAUACCGACGAUGCGUGCUCAAUCACGACGAGCUCUACCCCACGAAGAUCCUCGUGAGCGCACACGGCGCCCUUACCGGGAUUGUCGACUGGGAGUAUACGUCCAUCCGGCCCGCACUCUUAGCCGCCCAGUAUCCUAGCUAUCUGCGUUACGACCAUGCGCGUGAAUGGUAUGUGGUGAAUCCACAGGACGCCCAGAGUCUACGCGACCUGUAUAGAGCGGCCGUCGAGUUGAAGGAUCCGGAGUAUUGGGAGGCCCUCGUUGACGGCGAAAAUCUUCGCUACGCCGUGGAAUUGCUGACUCACGAUACCUUCGGGUACCAUGAUUUGGAAACCUGGAUGGACGCGACGUUCUCCCGGGAGAAGAUGUGA